ACUCUCUCAUAAACUUGUAUUUGAUUCAACUUAUCUGCAUGCGCUCAUCAAAAACUUCGAUUCGUUACUGUUUACUUGACUGAAAUUUGCAAGAUCAAUAUUGACGGCUUUUACACAGUACUUGAACGCAUUUUGUAGUCUUUAUUCAUUUUUUUACGAUUCUGAUGCUUUGCACAUGAGAAUUGGCCAUCAUUCAAACUCGCAAACUCCCUUUUGUUUAACUAUAAUUAUCAAUUUUUUGACAUAAAUGGAUGCGAAAGGCAACAAGUUGGCUUGUUUCAAGGGGGCUGACUUGAAAGUCCCUGGAAUUACAGACGACACUGUAGCCCAUUUCAUCAUGAGGACCAGCGAGCAACUGGCACCAGAUGAUAAAAUCGCAUAUGUUGAAAUUUCCUCGGACAAUCGCACUGUGGCAUAUGGGGAGUUCAGGAACAAAGUGUUCAGACUGUCACAUGCCUUAGUGAGGAGGGGUUAUGGCGAGGGAGAUGUGGCUUGCAUCCACUGCUGCAACAUGCCAGAGUUCGUGAUAGUGCUGCAUGCCGCAGUGGCAGCUGGGAUGGCAGUCACUCUUUGCAAUUCAUUGUACACUUCUUAUGAGGUGGCCCACCAGCUGAAGGACUCCAACUCAGUUGUCAUUUUCGCCCAAGCCGAUCAGGCCAUUGUUGAGAAGUGUGUGAAGGCAUGCUACGACAACAACAACGCAGAAGGACCAGACACACCAUCUCCAACUAGUGUCAAGGAAAUUAUCACUCUAUCUGCUGAGAAAACCGAAAUCUCAGCAGAUAGCAGAGGACUCAAAGUGAUGCAUUAUCUUGGACUUUUGACCCCUGACACUGCAGAGUUCAACAAGAAGUUGCCUUCAGUCAAGAUCGACUGGAAAACAGCCCGCGCUUUGAUUCCAUAUUCCAGCGGAACAACUGGGCUUUCAAAAGGCGUGGCAUUGACUAAUUACAACGUGUACUACCAAAUCCAUCAAAUAAUGAAGUUAAUUCACUUGGAGCCCAGCUGCGACGUUUUCCUUCCCAUCCCCCCUCUCUACCAUAUCUACGGGACAGUGAUGGCAGGACUAACAUCUCCCUUCAGAGGAAUCACUACCCUGAUGCAGCAGAGAUUCGACUUCCCAGCUGUGCUCAAAGGAAUUCAGGAUUACAAAGUGACGAAGCUAGCCCUAGUGCCUCCCAUCAUGCUGGCCCUAGCCAAACAUCCAAUGGUGGAUAAAUUCGACCUGUCUUCUGUCAACGAGAUCUUGUCUGGUGCAGCCCCCCAGCCGGCUGAACAGAUUCAAAUUGCGUGUGAAAGAAUUAACCCCAAUGAAAAAAUAGUCUUUACACAAGGGUAUGGGAUGACGGAGAGUGGUGGGGUGUCUUCAGGCCUUCCCCCAGAUGCACCCUACGAGUGCAUUCAGAAAGGAAGUGUCGGCAUACCAGUUCCAGGCUGCGAAAUCAAGAUAAUGAACAUAGAGACGGGUGAGACUGAGCUGUGUGGGGUGGAGGGGGAGGUAUGUAUGAGGGCCCCCUCUCUCAUGCAGUGCUACUUGAACAGAGAGGAGGAAACCAAGAACACAAUCAUGUCAGACGGGUGGCUCAGAUCAGGCGAUCUCGGCUACAUGAAUGAAGAAGGGUAUUUGUGGAUCACAGACCGACUGAAGGAACUGAUCAAGUAUAAGGGAAACCAGGUGCCCCCUGCACAGCUAGAAGCAGUUAUCCUCACCCACCCCUCUGUACAGGACUGCGCCGUGAUCGGAAUUCCGGAUGAGAGUGCGGGUGAACUACCCAGGGCGUAUGUCAAGGUCAAAGAAAGCUUCGAAGGAAAAGUCACAGAGGGAGAGUUACAAGCAUUCGUUAAAGAAAGAGUGGCUCCUUUCAAACAACUGAAGGGCGGUGUCGCUUUCAUAGACGCUAUUCCAAAAUCAGGCGCUGGAAAAAUUCUCCGCAAGACUCUCAAAGACAGCUAUCUCAACGAGCAAAAACAUAAGAACGGAACAAUCUAAAACAUUCUAGAACAAUCAAGAACAAUCAAAAAGAGUAGUAGAAGAUGUCUGUAAAUUUCUAUUUGUAAUCGCAGUAAACUCAAAUCAGUAAUUGAUUUGAUUCGAGAUAAUUUUUGUGACGUUUUAUUAAUCAACUAACUUGACAACAAGGUCAAGAAACCUACCUUGCAUAAAAAACUUUCACUAAAAUCUAACAUUAACCCAAACUUUGAAUUUUGUGGAAAAGUUACCUUUCAAUAUUAUUGUUAUUAUUAAAAAAACAGUGAUAUUUCCGAAACGAAAA